CCUUGUUUCUUUAUUUUUCAGGCUGAAGUGGAAGAAACGUUGAAGCGAAUUCAGAGCCAAAAGGGAGUCCAAGGAAUCAUUGUUGUUAAUUCGGAAGGUAUUCCUAUCAAAAGCACAGUGGACAAUUCUACAACAGUGCAAUAUGCAGGCCUAAUGCACAGCUUCAUCAUGAAGGCCAGGAGCACUGUGCGAGACAUUGAUCCCCAGAAUGACCUGACGUUCCUGCGGAUCCGCUCCAAGAAAAAUGAGAUCAUGAUUGCUCCAGAUAAAGACUAUUUCCUGAUCGUCAUCCAGAAUCCAACAGAAUGAGACUUAAGUUAGUCUGGUUUUCCCUCACUUCCCGAUAUUUUUUUAAUUUAAUAGCCAAAAACAAAGCAUUAGUGUUAAUUCUAUUGUGCCAGCUUAAAAAUGACCAAGCGGAAAGCAUUCCGCUCUUUUUUUAUUUACAAAGAAGUAAAAGUAUCACUAAAAUGACAUUCCCUGAAAGGGGUAUGAGGAUUAAAAUCAAGUGACUUCAGCAGUCAGAAAUGGACAGAUUUCUUUUAGUGUUCAAGAAAAUAACUUAAUAUAAUAGAAAUUCUAAUAGUGCGAUCUAAAAAUGAAUCCUUGUGGUUUGCACACUCCAGUCAAUUUUGUCUGAAUUAUGGUUUUACUUUAUUGGUUUUGAAUCACUGUAAAUAUGAAGCUUAAUUG